AUGUCGUUGUCAACAAAGAUAAGAGUCACCGCAGUGUUUCUUGUUGCCGUCGUUCUUCUUGUUACGGUGGAAGAAUCCGAAACCAGAGGACGUGGUGGUAGAGGCAGAUCGGGAGGCUCUAGAAGCUCUGGAUUCAGUAGAACAAGCUCAAAAUCUAAAAUAACCAAAUACACACCAAUCAAAGCCACUUCAGCUCGCUCCCCAGUAAUCGUCUCACAGACCAAACUGGGAUCACGUUUAAGCGCGUUUAACACAGUCCUCUUUGCCUAUGCGGUUCACCGCUACGCGUUCAGCAGCGCCCCAGUCUAUCGGCAGCGAUAUCCAAUGUACCGAAGUUAUGUCUCCAUCCCGGAGCAAGGAGCUGUGAGGGUGACCUGUGAGAGUGAAAGACUGCUGAAUGACAGAGGAAAUUUGUGUUUGGAUACAUCAGCAGGGAAUCAAACUAUAAAGGAAGGAAUCGACGACAACUUGGUUGACUUAAGAACUACAGUGAAGUACAAAAAUGGAGAAACGAAAACACUACACGGGAUUAACAACACAGUGUCCCUUGAAGACAUCAAGGAUCAAGGCUUCGAAAUUGUAAGUCUCGCCCGAUACAACACCUCGAUUGUUACCGGAACAACUUGUAAACAGGUGGAAAAGACCGUCGAGGGUACGAUGGUCAUGUUGUACGAGACAAAUCCCAACGGCUCAGGCCAACUGAACAUCAACAAAAAAAUACUAUCAUCUGUAGUUACUUUGUUUGUAUUUAUCAACACGUUUCGUUACUCAUAG